GUCGCUGUGGUUAUAAAAAUGGUCAUGUUCCGAUGUUUAUCUAUUUUUUUCACAUCGACAAAUCUGUAUCAUUUAAAAAUUAAAACUCAUUGGAAAACAGUGAUAAAUGCCUCAUAAAUUGUCGGCGAUUUCAAGUUGGAAUACAUUCGAUUCUUGCGUUCGAAAAUAUCGAUUCAAAAUUAGUAUCGAUAGUCGCCAACACAACAAUCAUGGAUACUCAUCACUCGGGUGUGUAAACAACGUUUCCCGCAUCGCUAUUUUUGAUUUUUAGAAGACGUACAUGUAUGUUUAUUAGCUGAUUCACCAACAAAUAACACAAAUGUUCACCACGUGACGAACUAGCCACUUGAAGAGACAACAUGGCCGCCUCGUCGGGAUCCACGACAAAAUCUGAGUUUAUAGUGGGCGGGAAAUACAAGCUGGUGAGGAAAAUUGGCAGCGGGUCGUUCGGCGAUAUUUAUUUAGGAAUCAACAUCGGCAAUGGCGAUGAGGUUGCUGUCAAGUUAGAAUCACACAAAGCAAGGCAUCCACAGCUUCUAUAUGAAAGCAAACUCUACAAAAUACUGCAGGGAGGAAUUGGAAUUCCAAAAAUCAGUUGGUAUGGCAACGAGAAGGAUUACAACGUCCUGGUCAUGGAUUUACUGGGACCGAGUCUGGAGGACCUGUUCAAUUUCUGCAGCCGCAAGUUUACGAUGAAGACGGUCUUAAUGUUAGCCGACCAGAUGAUCAGUCGUAUUGAGUUUGUCCACGGCAAGAACUUCAUCCACAGGGACAUCAAACCAGAUAACUUCCUGAUGGGCAUCGGCAAACACUGCAAUCAGCUCUUCAUCAUUGACUUUGGACUGGCCAAGAAGUACCGUGACAGCCGGUCCAAGUCACACAUCCCAUACAGGGAAGACAAAAACCUGACUGGGACAGCGAGAUAUGCCAGCAUCAAUGCGCAUCUGGGGAUUGAACAGAGUCGGCGCGAUGACAUGGAGUCCCUUGGCUACGUACUGAUGUACUUCAACAGAACCACUCUACCCUGGCAAGGUCUGAAAGCUGCCACCAAGAAACAGAAGUAUGAGAAGAUCAGUGAGAAGAAGAUGUCCACACCGGUAGAGGUGCUGUGUAAAGGCUUCCCUGCUGAGUUUUCCAUGUACCUCAACUAUGCACGGGGUCUGCGCUUUGACGAGGCCGUCGACUACAUGUACCUGCGCCAGCUGUUCCGCAUCCUGUUCCGCACCCUCAACCACCAGUACGAUUACAUCUUCGACUGGACCCUGCUCAAGCAGAAGGUGGCCCUGCCCCCGAGCCACCCCAGCACGGCCAACCACAUGACGGCUCAGGGCACGCGCCAGUCCGAGAGUAGAAACAUGAGCCGGCGCUGAUCAGCUCCUUUCGCUGAAUAAUGGAUUUGGUGGUCUCCCGGAACACAUCUGAGGUGGUGCUCUGAAAUGAUGCUGAGGCGUACUGUCUAACUGUACUCCAAGGUGUGGUGAUUUAACAGAUGCGUUCUGAUUUGCAAACAAAAGACAGAGACUUCAAAUGCAUGCACAUUUUGUAAUGUGCGCGGGAUGCCACUGAAAGGAGUUUGAUUUUCAAUCUACUGAUCACCACCUUGUGAUUUUAAACAGAAACAAAUGAGAGUGUUGUAAACAGCAUCUGAAAUAAACAGUCAGUUGUCUUAAGUUGUACAAAAACAAAAUGAGCCCCACGUUCAUGUUAUGGUCCCAGAACCCAGCACGGGUCACGAUGCACCAUUGUCUAUAUAUUCUUCAUUUUGUGAAUAUUGUAAAUUAUUGCGUAAUGCACAUAAGCUGUCUGAUACGUCCGAAUUUUCAAGCAAUUUUUUUUUCAAUGAGGCAUUUUUUUAUACCGCUUAAGCUUAACUUGACCAAAUAACCCUAAUUUAAGUCCGGGGUUUUCGUUUUCUUGGUCUUUGUAAAUGAGAUCUUUUUGACAUCUAAAACAAUUGGGUUUUGUGGUUUCAGUUGUGGAGAAGUACCAUUUUCCACAUUGUGUAGCAAUCUUUGAAUUGAUAUUAUCUUUUUUUCAUGAGCUUUGGAUGCGUAGGUGUGUUUGGUUAACUUUUUUUGUUGCGGAUAAAAAGACUGUGAGAAUUUGAAUAUCAAAGCUUUUUUAGGGAGCUCUCAACUACUUAAAUUACAUGUUAAAGGUACGUAGGAUAAUGUGUUGCAAACCCGACCCGAAAUGGACUUCGAUUUAGAUUGGGUUAGUUUUUCCAUCAUUUCAGUUGGGUCGGGUCGAUUUCGGUUUAGCGUUUGUGAUUUUUAGGUCGGGUCGGGUCGGUUUAAACCAUCUUGUGAAAACCCGAAACAAACUGGAAAGAAAAACCUGAAACAGUUCGGAAAUUCACAUGGUGCAAUAUCUUACUACCUUGUCAACCAACCACACAAUUGUGCAUGUGGUUUGCGGCCUAGUCUAUAAUGUGUAGGCCCACCGGUAUGUCACGUUAAGUGUGUUCGCUGUACCGUACGGUACGAUUCUUUGCUGAGAGACGACGGUUUUCAAAACAAUUCACGCAACGUGGGUAGACGCGCUGGGUGGACAACAUCCGAGAAUGGUCAGGGUGUGACACCACCGCACUGAAAGCAGCAGCACUGGAAAGACGGGCUGUGGUGGGAGCGGAGCCAGAGAUUCCAGCUGUGUACAAUUUGAGGAGGACACCAGUGGCAAAUGCCUUUGUCUAAUGAAGGAAUGAAUGAGUUCUGGCACAAAAAGUGACACAAUGUUCGUGAAACAAAGGACACUUUGCCCAAGCCAGAUAUUCGUUUGUUUUUUCUGGUCGGUUCGGUUUUCCCCCUGAUUUUUUGUCGGGUCGGGAUUUUUGUUUUUCGUAACAUGCUGAAAAUCUUAAAUAGGGUGCAUAACAAAUACAUAUAACAUGUGCAAAGUGUCGCUCCGUGGUUUCCUACACAUUUUGAGAAAAAAAAGUGAAAACAUAGAAGCUGUUACUGCAUUGGUAUCACGCUUAUGCGCAUGCUGCACGCAUUCUUAAAGACAAAGCCUGCGCAAAUUUUGGGAACCUAUCAUCCCUUUGAUCAAGGUUUUCUCAUUAAAUUGGUGGGCCCAUUUCCGGGUAAUUACUUAUUUUCCUACGUGUCUUUAAACAGGUAAUACAUCUGCAAUUGAAUAAAUGGUGAUUGCUUGAUUUCUUUUCUUUCUUUGCUUCUACAUUUUGGGACUUUUUAAAUUAUUUUUUUUUUUUUUGUAAAAAAAUUGAGGUGCUCAGAUUUAGAUUAGUUAACUUUGAUUAGACAUUAAGAAAAGAAGCCAAUGAAGACUAGCACUCCUUUUGAAUGCUUGCCUGAAAUAAAUGUUUAUUAAAUCGGGUAUCCUUGAACAAAGGUCUGCACAUAAUGCCAAAUAACGAUACAGCAUUACGGCACUUUGGAAUACUUACUGUACUGCAAAAAUUGAACCAGUGUAAAAUGGAGUUUUGUGUACAUUAAAUAUGCAUGCACUGUUUCCACUUAUCAGUGCAGUCAUGUAAAUACACAUGUAAUGGUGAUGUUUUACGUCCCGGCCCCCAAAAAAUGCAAAAUCCAGUAACAAUGGUCAUGUACAUAUUUAAUGCUGUUAUUCUUUUUUUUGGCCUGCAAUACUGUACCUGUAUUUGAUUACUUUUUACAAGUAUGUUAUAUUUAUUCUGUUCAUACAACAUGUAAUUGAAUGAUUGUGUAUUAAUUAAAAAUUUGUCCAAAACACCUGUGGAUGAAGGUAAUGGGCAAUGUGAGAGUUUGAAGUGAA